AUGUCUCUCCAGUUUUCUCAACAGGCACCGUGGAGGAACAACAACAUCACCUUUCUGAACAAAGAGCCUCCUGUCUCAGAACAAGGAGAGACUAUUAUAGGCUUCUACCUACUGGCUUUAGGAUGGAUGUCUUGGUUUGGAAACAGCAUUGUGAUUUUUGUACUCUAUAAGCAGAGAGCUGUCCUGCAGCCCACGGAUUAUCUUACAUUUAAUCUGGCUGUAUCAGACGCAAGUGUGUCUGUGUUUGGUUAUUCCCGAGGGAUCAUUGAAAUCUUCAAUGUCUUUAAAGAUGAUGGAUUCCUCAUCACAUCGAUAUGGACAUGCCAGAUUGAUGGAUUUCUGACACUUCUGUUUGGCCUGGCUAGCAUUAAUACCCUUACAGUGAUCAGUGUGACUCGCUACAUAAAGGGCUGCCAUCCAGACAGAGGGCAUUGCAUUAGCAACAGCAGCAUCACUGUGGCCCUGGUUCUCAUCUGGAUAGCAGCUUUCUUCUGGUCAGUGGCUCCAAUACUUGGAUGGGGCAGUUAUACAGAUCGCAUGUAUGGCACAUGUGAGAUAGACUGGGCAAAAGCCAACUUCUCUACAAUCUACAAGUCCUACAUUGUGUCUAUAUUUAUCUGCUGUUUCUUCCUACCUGUGAUUGUCAUGGUCUUCUCAUACGUGUCCAUCAUCAAUACUGUCAAGUCAAGCCAUGCACUAACUGGAAUGGGUGAUCCAACAGAUAGGCAGAGGCAAAUGGAGCGAAAUGUCACUCGGGUUUCUAUUGUCAUUUGCACAGCCUUUAUUAUAGCAUGGUCUCCAUAUGCUGUCAUCUCAAUCUGGUCUGCCUGUGGCUACUCUGUGCCCAAUCUAACCAGUAUCUUUGCCAGUCUGUUUGCCAAGUCUGCCAGCUUCUACAACCCCAUUAUCUACUUUGGAAUGAGCUCCAAAUUCCGAAGGGACAUUUUCAUCUUGCUGCAUUGUGCUAAGGAGACUAAGGACCCCGUGAAGCUCAAACGCUUCAAAAACCUCAAGCAGAAGCAGGAGCCUUCUCCUUCUCAGAGAGAAGAGAAAUACGCAGCGGCGGUCCAGCCUGCACCCAGUCCUGAUUCUGGGGUAGGGAGUCCAACCAACACCCCACCUCCCAAAAACAGGGAAGUGUAUUUUGGUACCUUUGAUUCUGCAUCUACCAACCCUGAUAUUGAAUGUGAUAGACUGUAA